ACUUCCUGUCUGUUGCCUAGCAAUGUCUUCUCUCGGGUACAGAACCGGAGCCACUGCCUUAUCUCUCACCCGGUGAACCCCCCUUACUAUGUGAAACUGGUGGAGCUGGUACCCCACCCGGAAACUUUAGCAACUGUUAUGGACACCGUCCAUGCCCUGAUGACCCAAGUUGGCCAAGCACCUGUCUGUCUGAAGAAGGAGAUUGACGGCUUUGCCCUCAACAGAGUGCAGUACGCCAUCAUUGCAGAGUCGUGGAGACUUGUCCAGGAAGGGGUCAUCUCGGUACAGGACAUUGACCUGGUGAUGUCUGAAGGACUGGGGAUGCGUUAUGCCUUCAUAGGUCCCAUGGAAACAAUGCACCUGAAUGCACCUGAAGGUUUGGAGGACUAUCUGAAGCGGUACAGAGAAGGUAUGAAGAGGGUGCUAACUGCAUUUGGACCUGUGCCAGACUUCAGCGGUGAGGCAGCCGAGCGCAUCACCAAAGAGAUGUGUGAGCUGAUCCCCGGUGAUGGGCGGCACCUGUCUGCCCGGAGGGAGAGGAGGGACCAGCUCCUCAUGGGUCUGGCCAUGCUAAAGAAGCAGCACUGAGGCCGGCGUCCGGGGCCCACAGUCAUGAGCAAUGCGCUUUGUGGCUGCUGACCUGGAGACUGCAAUGUCUCUGACUGUGCAUUUCUUUACAAUCAGGACAGCCAAUUGGUAAAUUGCUCUGAGCAGCUAAUUUUAGUAGAUUACAGUGAUGUUACAGUUAAAAGUGGCAUGAUGAGGUUUUGUCUUAGAGGUCAUGUGCCUUUCCUUGUCAGGGAUCAUAAAAAUUGACUCAAGUUCAUGCCAGACCAUUUUCCAUUUUCUGUCUAGCAUGCCUAGAGAACACAGCAAGAUUUCCGCUAAAAAAAAAAAAGAAAGCAGGAUCAUUAACCAAUUCCUCUCUAUGGAAAGAGUCAAAUCUGUACAUGAUUGAUUCGUUUCCCCUUCUCUGUGUUGGCACCCCACUAAGCUUGGGAUGGGGACGGGUGGAGGAAAUUACACAUUGGGUUAUGUCUUUAGAAGUCCUGAUAGAUUUAGAUCUCGCGGUAAGGCCACAAGAGGACUGCUGAGUGCAUAAAUCAAAAACAUGAAACGAUGAGACCUGUGUUGCUUUAAAAAGAGGCUUUGUGGACUGGCUGUAUGCAACGCUGGGAUGAUUCAACAUUAUGCCACCACUUUAUUUAGCUGAUCGCCCAUGUGAUAUUGUCACUUUCAAGGCAAAUCAUUUAAAUCAAGUCCAUCUAUGACAUUUAUAAAUCAUAUCUUAAAUUUGUAUAUUUUUAAAUCUACUAAAGUUCAAUGACACUAACACACACACACACACACACACACACACACACACACACACACACACACACGUACGAUGUGGGAGACAAUGCUCGGGAUUGAUGCUUUCAUGAAGCCCACUGUGGUUGUCCUAAUGGGAGUAAGAUUUGGUUUGUAUUGAACUAAAUACUGUGAAAACUGCGGAAUGACUGUUUGAUCUUUACAUGAUGUUAGCCUCUUGUAAGGAAUUUGAUCUGUCGGAAAGAGCAAUGUGAUCGUAAAGCCAUAUGGGAAUGAACUGUGAUUUAGAGCUGUACAAAUUCAGUUUGACUUGACUUGUAUUUGGGGGAAUGAAUUUUGAUGAUCCUAAUAUGCCUUACCAGUAUAGCAGCCUUAACUGCAAAAAAAUAAAAGAAAAUUAAAAGAAGAAAAGAA